UACUACUCUAUUUGGUUAUCUGGGCCACCUGCCACCUGUUAAUGGUGCAUAUGCAUAUGGGCCUUUCUAGGUUGACCGCCACAACACCAUGCCUUGGACAUUAUAUAUAGUUGUAUCACCGGUACCACACCUUUGUCACCUGUAUAUGUUGAAAAGCCCCUGGUUGGGUGGUGACCAGAGAAGAAAUGCGCGUGCGGAGAGUGCGGGGUCAUGUGAUGCACCAGAUCACCGUUGAGCUCGACAUACCUCACUGAGAAAACACUCAAAAACACAGAUAUAAAAAACCCCGGGGAUAUGCACUUAUCUGUGACCAGUAUGGAUCAAGCCUGGCCGUGUGAAUGAUCACGACACAAAACGAAGAAGGUAGAACGAAACAGACGCCGCAAUGUCUCUGAGCCGUAUCCCCUAUUUCAAAUGGUGGGAGGAUAACUCUGGCACGUCUCGUGAGGAUGUGGGUCGGACUUCUGUGACUGAGUCGGAUGAAGAUGCGUACCUGGAGCUUCCGGAUGAUUCAGUAGCGUCUUCGUUUUCGUCGUCGCUGAGCUAUGUUUCUAGAAGGCGACCCACUAAGCCAGUUGCAGGGCGGGUAUGGGCUGAGUCUAUUGAGAAUGAGGCAGGGGUUUGUCCACCGAAUUCGGGAACACGAAAGCAAACGGGCAUGGAAUCGAAAGACCUGCCUUUGGAUGAACCAGGCAUUCCGAAGACGACGGGUGCUUUUGAGGUAGACCGUCAUAAGCGGAUAGCUCAGGUCUGCAUAGCGGCGCUGUCCUGCUUCUUAUCAGGUGGGAUCAUAUUCGGAUUCGCAGCCAUCAAACCAAUUUUGAUCAAAGAAGGUGUAUACCGAGAUCUAUGCUUCCCAGAAGAGCUCGGUCAAGGUGUGUUCGUGUGCUAUAGACAAGAAAUCCGCCUAAACCUAGUGUUCGCCACAGCAGCCGUCGCAACAAACCUCUCAGCACUCCCCAUAGGCACAAUCCUCGAUACCUACGGCCCACGGAUAUGUGGAAUAAUCAGCUGCUGCCUCCUAACCAUCGGCUCUCUUUUCUUCGUCUUUGCCAGAUACAUACCCUUCGACGCAUACAUCACAGGAUAUACACUCCUAGCCCUUGCCGGGCCAUUCAUCUACAUAUCCUCAUUCCAUCUGUCAAACACGUUUCCCAUGUGCUCGGGGUUGAUUCUCGCUAUGUUAACGGGGGCGUAUGACGCAUCCACUGCGGUUUUCAUGGCAUUUAACUUGGUCAAUGAGUAUACGGACGUGUUCUCAAUGCGCCAUUUCUUCUUGAUAUAUCUCGCCAUUCCCCUGUUCAUACUCGCUACGCAAGUCACAAUCAUGCCAGCAGAAUCAUACAAAACAGUGGGUGAACUAGUGCUACAGGCAGAAGCUCAUAUAGCCGCAGAGUCAAACCCUCAGAAUGUCCAUGAGGCCAGCUAUCACCGAGAAAUUAUCACCAAAAUCCAAUCAUUCCUUACUUUCCCCAGCAGCACACGCAGGAUCACAUCCUCGAUCGGUCGAUACACACCCCUGCUACAACAGAACCCAAAUAGCCACCCACCCCAGACACAACCCCAAAAUCACAAAGACCGCAUCCUCGGAAUUCUACAUAACCUCCCCAUGCACAAUCAAAUCCUAUCCCUCUAUUUCAUCCUCUAUGCCCUCUUCACGGCCCUCACUACUCUUCGUAUAAACUACUUCCUUGCUACUGUCCAUUACCAAUACUCAUCUCUCCUACAUUCACCUGAUCUAGCAAAUCACAUAACCCGGACUUUCACAAUCCUCCUCCCCAUCGGCGGCAUCAUCGCAGCUCCUUUCACAGGGAUAAUCCUGGAUACCCUCCCCACAAUACCCAUCGCAUUCAUUUUAGUCAUCGUGGGAUCGAUACUGUCUCUCAUGAAUUGCAUCCCAUCCAGCUUAGCAGCGGCGUAUAUGGCUAUAUCCCUCGUCAGCAUCUAUCGCCCCUUCUUCUACGCGAGUAUAUCAGACUACGCAGCGCGAGUCUUCGGAUUCCGCGAUUUCGGGACGGUAUAUGGCCUUGUUAUUUUUGUUUCUGCGGUGGUGGGGUUUGCGCAAGUUGGAUUGGAUAUGCUUACACUUGAGGAGUUUCGGGGGAGAGAGGAGAACGGGAUUGUUGUGGUUAAUUGGUUGUUUGUGGGGGUUAUCGGAGUUGUAGGGGUGCUGUGGGUGGGUGUUAUUUGGUGGAGGCAUUGUGCUAUCGAAAGGAGAAAUCUGGAGAGCGUAGAGGAAAGGGGGCCAUUUCUUGUUAACCAAGUCACUGAGAACCAGUAUGGAAGUACAGGCAAUCUAUAAUCAUAUUCUAUCUUAAGAAAUAACGGAUUAAUGCUCGUGCAUACACAUUAAACAAUAUAAAAUCCUCUAGACACCAGACAUGCAAUAUAUAUAUCCCCCCAUGCCAUACCAUGUUCAUUCAUGCUCCCUUCGUAGGCGUCAUAAUUCAUAUCCUUUUAUCUUCCUUUUUGUUCAAGUGGAAAGAGAAGCCCAUCAACAACUCAACUGAAAUGACCGCGCCACUUCCAACCACAGCCUCUGCCCCGGCUGUUCACAGGCAGCGUCACACCAGAGUAGUG